CUUCUGGAUAUCAAGGUGCUUCAUAAGCUCAACAGCUAUCACUGCUAGAACCAUGGCUUCUGCUAAUUUUAUGUCUCCUACUCACUCCGCCACGCCAACAUGGCCUCAUUUCGAGCGAAAGGUCGAUGAGGUCAGGCCUUCCAAAACUGACAUCAACUGCUUGGUAAUGGACUACCUGGUCACCAACGGCUACCCAGCUGCUGCAAAAAAGUUUGCAGUCGAGGCCAAUAUUCAACCAAAGGUGGAUAUUGAGUUGAUCCAGGAGCGGGUAGAGAUCCGUACUGCGAUCCAUUCUGGUGAUAUCCAGACUGCGAUCGAGAAGAUCAAUGAGCUUAACCCUGAGGUUCUGGAUGAAAACCCAUCUUUGCAUUUUGCAUUGUUGCGCCUGCAACUUGUGGAGUUAAUUCGCUCAUGCACAUCAACACCGGAGGGAGACAUAAGCCCCGCACUCGAGUUUGCAACAUCGCAACUCGCCCCCAGGGCUCCCACCAACCCUCAGUUUCUCGAAGACUUGGAAAGAACUCUUGCUCUUCUAAUCUUUCCUACUGAGAACCUGGCCCCAUCCCUUGCCCCUCUGUUACACCCAGACCUUCGUAAGGAGAUCGCAAUCAAGGUCAACGAGGCUAUCUUGCAAAGCCAAGGUGCCCGUAAAGAGGCCCGAUUGCGGAACCUGGUCAAGCUUCGCGCUUGGGCGGAGCAAAAGGCCCGUGAAUCCAAAAAAGAUAUACCUGAAAAACUGGAUAUCGGCCUCGUUGGUAACAACACAAGCCAAAACGGCGCCUCAAGCGACACUGUAAUGACCAACAACGGAGACAUUGAUCCAAUGAUCUCGUGACAUAUCUGAUUCAACCAUAUAAUCAUGGUGUCACUCCGUAUUAUGCAUAACCUUUUCUUUUUAUCUUUAUGUAUAGCGAGGCGUUUUGGCGCGGGAACGACUUCCGCAAUUGGCGAAGCCUUUGUAUCGCGCUUCUAGGACCUAUUUAAUAAUCGAAUACAUCAGUCUUCUCAAUUUCAAUGUUUUUUCUUCGCAACUCUUAAAUCUACGUGUCUACCCACAGUAAUUAUUCGCGCUAAAUAUGGAGACCUUUGUAUUUUGUGAGUCGCGUCUGACUAGGCACAAAGUGCAGCAAGUGGUACAGUUU